AAGGAAAAAUCUUCCAGCUGAUCAGGCCGUUCUCAGCUGCAAGUGAUGGGAGCUCUGUUAAGUUUUUCUCCUCGUAUGUUGCCGGGUGGUAAUAGUUCUUGAAAAUAUGGCCUCGACAGAAUCGGACACGCGGACAUCGCGAGAGGAUUUAAUUCGGAGCCCAAAAUUCGACGAUGAUGAUACGCCCGAGCACACGGAGAGGAAAAGGCCCCUCGAUGGAGACACUGAUCUCAGUGAUAGGAAAAAAUCUCAUUUUACCGGAGAUGGGAGCAUUUAUCUGAAAGUCUUAGUACCAAGUGUGGCAGCUGGAGCAAUAAUUGGCAAAGGAGGUGAGACUAUAGCUCAAGUCCAAAAGGAAGUCAAUGCCAGAAUAAAAAUGUCAAAAGCUAAUGACUUCUAUCCAGGUACAACAGAGAGAGUCUGUUUGAUUAAGGGAACUACCGAGAGUGUUAUGUCCAUGCUUACAUUCAUAUGUGAGAAAAUAAGAGACAAACCAGACCCCAAUGCCAAGCCAGCUAUGGACUUUGACAGCAAGACUCCAGCUGAGAGAGAUAAACAGGUCAAAAUUCUAGUACCCAACAGUACAGCAGGAAUGAUAAUUGGAAAGGGAGGCAGUUUCAUCAAACAAAUUAAGGAGGAAAGUGGAGCCUAUAUCCAAAUUUCUCAGAAGGCCAAAGAUCAGGCUUUGCAAGAAAGGUGCAUCACCGUCAUAGGUGAUUCAGACUGUAACAGGAAGGCAUGCUGCAUGAUUCUAUCAAAAAUUGCGGAAGAUCCACAAAGCGGGUCUUGUCUCAACGUCAGUUAUGCUGAAGUGACAGGGCCUGUGGCCAACUUCAACCCCACCGGGUCGCCUUACGCUCACAAUGGAGGUGGUGGAGUCGGAGGAAAUGGUGUUGUUGGAGGCAACGGCAACUCGGGCGGAUAUUCGCCCGUCCACAAUGGCAACAAUGGGGCCUCACCUUACUUAAACAAUAUGAGCGUGAACCUCAACAUUGGCGUUGGCCUUUCACAACCGAAUCCGGCCAUGCUUAGCCAGUUGAUGGAUCAUCUGCGUUCAUCCCUGCGCAGUGCCGGCUAUCCCGAGCAGAGCUUGUCUGAAGUGGGUCAGGCCAUCAACACGUUGGCGAGUUAUGGCAUGAUCGGCAUGAACUUCAGUACGCACGGCAGUUCUGCCGUAGAUAGCGUUGCCAAUGUGGCCGGCAGCUGGAUAAAUCACAACGUCUCGGCAUCGGACGGAGGCCACGGUGUCCCGUCUAGCUCACCGGGUCCGUUUGGUCCCAUCGGCUCGUCACCUCAUCGCUACAACGAAUCGUCUUUCGACCCCUUCCGUGGACGCGGCAGCUACCAAACACCCCUGCCUUUGAAUAACAACUCGUUUGGAUUGGGCUCGCCCCAUUCGCCCGUUGCUCAGGAUCGUACCAGCGACUCGAUCAAUACGUCACCACGUGGCUCCGAAAACUCCAGGGCGGAGUUGCAAGUGGGUGAGCACAUAGUGGGAGCCAUUCUAGGUCCGGGCGGUAAAUCGUUGCUGGAAAUACAACAUUUCAGCGGCGCCAACAUUCAGAUAUCCAAGAAGGGGAUCUAUGCGCCGGGCACGCGCAACCGCUGGGUGACCAUCAGCGGUACACCCAACGCCAUCAGCACCGCACAAUACCUCAUCGAGCAGCGGAUCAGCGAGGAAGAGGCCAAGCGGGCUCGUCACCAUAGCAGCACGGCUAUUCUAAAUCCGUCAUCGUCCAAUAGCUCUACCACCGCCGCCGUUCAAUCCAUCGUUCCAAUCAUCCCUCCACCGAGCGCCCUCCAUUCGGCCCUGCCUAUUUAGGUGACCAUUGAUGAACGUGUGAGCACCCUCGACUUAAACUUGACACAUCUAUCCCCACUCCCUCUCAUUUUUUCCCCUCUUU